AUGGUGGAUUUUGGACGAGGAGACCAAAGUGACCGCUCUGAGCAGACAAACCCGCACCUCACCACGAGAGCGCGUGUGGUGUUUGCGCAUGCGAAAUUGAUGAAGAAGCCGCUCAGCAAGGUCCUUCUCGAGACGUCGAACUUCGAGAUCAGCUCGUGCCAUCUCGAGCAGAUGUAUCAUCUGAGAUGUCGGAAGGAGUUACAGAAUCUGAGAUUUGUUGGCCUCGACAUAGCGAAUACGGGGAUUGAGAUGAUUGAGAUGCCUUCUUCUCACUGUUACAAGUGGGAUGGUAACCUAGUUCGCAUCUUAAGACCAGCACAAGCUCCAAGUCCUCAAUUUCCUCUCCACAACGACAUGGACCCGACCUUUGACCCGGAGUAUAUGGACCAUGGAGUUGAUGCAGACACUGGAGCGGAGUAUGGGUCUUCAGGCUCGCAGGCAGAUUACGGUGAAGAAGUGGAGUUUUAUGACGGUGCAGGCAAGACGUGGGGUGUUGGGAAGACUUUCAUGGACCAAUUCAACGAGGAUGAAUAUGCUGCAGAGAGGGAGCAAAACCAAUACUUUCCUUUCGCUAGCAAACCGGACUGGGAGAUGGCAUCGUAUAUUCUUCGGUCCGAUCUUAGCAUGGCCGAAAUCGACGAGUACCUCAAUCUUGAAUUUACCAAAACACUCCCGUUGUCAUUUCGCUCUUCGCGAGAACUCCGAGGACGUGUUGAAUUGCUCCCAGCUCCCCCUCAAUGGAAGUAUCAAAAAAUCACUACCGAGUUUCCAACGACAAAAACCCUUCAAAUAUUUUAUCGGGACGCAAUCGAGUGCUUGCAGUCACUUCUCAGUCACCCACUGUUGGCCGCCAGCUUUGAUUUCAUCCCAUGCAAGGUUUACGAGUCUGCCGAACGUGCGGUUCGAGUUUAUCAUGGUUUCAUGACAGGCGAUCAUGCUUGGAACCUUCAGAAAGACCUACCUGAAGGUGCAUCCCUCCUUGGUGUAGUCCUCUCCUCGGACAAGACCAAGGUCAGCAACAUCGCUGGCAACCGUUACGCGCAUCCACUUCUUGCUCCUUACAUGCAUAUAUCCCACUUGCUUUGCUUCCUGUUGCAAAGUUCUUGCACAGGAACAAGCGCAUGCAUGGGGGUUCUCGCAGACCGUUUACUUCACCAAUGUAUCGACCUCGUUGUUGAGCCAUUGAAGCAGGCUGCCCGUCUUGGCGUUAUGAUGAGUGAUCCACGGGGUUUUAGCAGGUAUUGCUUCACCCCCCUCGUUGCUUAUGUCGCAGAUACUCCGGAGGAACUUGUAAUUGCAUGCGCCACUAUGAACUCAUCGCCUGUCACUAUGGCUACCCGUGAAGACUUUGGAGACCCAAUCCGACACCCUCCUCGUGAUGGAUCAUCAACCCUUGCCAACAUUGCAGCGAUUAUAACAUCUAUCUCACCUUCCGAUCUCAUCCCGUUCUUCGAGGCAUGCAAACGCUACAAUCUAAACGGUGUUGACUUGCCAUUCUGGAGGAAUUGGCUUACCGCAAAUCCUUCCUCCUUCCUCACUCCAGAACUACUUCACCAUCUCCAUAAAAUGUUCUGGGACCAUGAUCGUCUCUGGUGCACAACAGUGGUUGGCUCGCAGGAAAUUGAUUUUCGUUUUGCGCUCCUCCAGGUGUGCACUGGUUACCGUGCAUUCAAGGAGGGAAUCUCCGCUUUGAAGCAAGCCACCGGGCGAGACCAUCGCAACGUUCAACGGUAUAUUGUUGGCGUGAUUGCUGGUGCUGCCCCUGCCGACUUCAUAUCUGCUAUUCGGGCCCUCAUGGAGUUUAGAUACCUCGCUCAAGCCCCGCAUUUCACCGACAAGCAAGUGGUAGAUUUAGACCGCUGUCUUAAAGUCUUUCAUCGGUUCAAACAGUCUAUCGUUGACGCUGGUGCUCGGCGGGGGAAAGGGGGUGGGGAUAAGCCAUGGGCGAUUCCAAAGCUCGAGCUGCUGCAGGGGGUAGUGCCCAGUAUUUGUUCACACGGCGCUGUCAUGCAGUGGUCUGCAGACCCCACUGAACAUGCGCACAUCAAGGUUGUGAAGGAGCCAGCGAGGGCAGGGAACAAUCACGACUACGACGCGCAAGUGUGUCGCCACCUCGAUCGUCGUGAUAAGGUGGAGCGUUUUGACCUCGCACUCCAGAUGCGUGCACAGGAGGACCACGAAAGGGACGAAGACAACGAGGGUGGUCUUGUCCAGCAUUUUGUCAAGGACUACUUUGCUUGCGCGCGCGACCUCAUUAAUGGUGUUCAUCCUCAAGCUCCCCGUCCCUAUCGAACAUUCUCCACCUCAAUUAACGCUUACCAUCUCAGCUAUGACCCCACGCACACGAAAAUGACAGUGGAUAAGGCUGCUGAAAACUUCUCUCUUCCUGACCUCCGUCCCGCAGUCUCCGAUUAUCUUGACCAGGUUGAUGCGCAUGUUGAUCACUUCGCUGUUGGUGGGAGGCGCCAUGCCCACCCUGGCUGCCCCCUCCCCUUUGAACGCAUUCAAGUAUGGUGCAAGAUACGGACACAAUCAAAAUCUUUUCACGACCCUGCACAGCUUGAGCCCGCGCAAACGCUACAUGCUCAACCACCCUCCAGUGCCUGGCCAUACGGCCGAUAUGACUCUGUCAUCGUUAGUUCAGGCAACACGCACAAGUGGCCAAAAAGUGGACUGGAUGGACACUUUGUUGCUCACCUUCGCUUGAUUUUUCGUCCCAUCACGACACUCUCAUAUUCCGAAUCAUAUCUUGCAUAUGUUGAACGUUUGGAUGUUGUGACUCUCGACGAUUCUACGGAUUGUGGCACCCGUCCAUCUCAUCCCGCGUUUUGGUCCAAAAGCCGAUCCGCGACUGACGAUGCAAAGCAGCAUUAA